AUGGCAACUUGUGUUGUACAACCAACAUCAUCUGAAAUGUCAACUAUCAAAUAUUCUCGAAAGCUUCUUCGUGCUGCAACUUGUGACUCAAUGAUACCGUGCAUAAGAUGUCGCAAGCGACUUUUAAGUGAACAAAAUGAAUGUCGUUCUUCAGUUGAACAACUGAGUAAUGAUGAAACUUAUGCUAAUAAAAGAUCAAAAACAGAAUGUCCUUUUAAUGACUCAAACAGCAACAACAAUCAUCAUCUACUAUCCUCUUCUUCUCUUUCGUCCGUCGAGAAUAACGUACACGAUUUGUUUUCUAAUAGUCAUCAACGUCGCAAUAGUGUUACUUAUAUAAAUGAUAUAUCACAUGCACAAUCGACAAUUGUACCUCGACUAACAACAACAACUCAAAAUAUGCUUGUUUGUCAACAAAAACUUAUAAUCGAUAAUAAUAAUGAAAAUGACCAACAACAAAAAAAUAAUUCUUCCAUGUAUUUAACUUCCGCUCAAUUAUCAGCCUAUAUGGCAUCCGUAAUUAAUAUGCAAAAUGAAAAAUUAUUAAUUAUCGAUUGUGGUUUACCAUUACGAUAUAAUGAAUGUCGGAUAAAAGACUCAUUUUUAUUAAAUAUUAAUGACAAAUUAUCCAAAAAACGUUUAAUAAAUCGUGGUUUAAAGAAUUUUCUUGAUGAAAAUCAAUUAAAUCGUUUAAAUCAAUCUGAAAUUAUUAUUCUUUAUGAUGAUUCAAUUCAUCAAUCUUCAUCCUCAUGUUCAAAUUCAACAAUAUCAAAAGAAAUUUCACCAGUCAUUAAAUGUAUAUUAAAUGAAUUAAAACAAUAUGAUUCAAAUAAAACAAUUUAUAUACUUCAAUCAUCAUUUGAAGAAUUUUAUCAACAUUAUCCAACAUUUUGUUAUAUUUGUUCAUCAAAUUCUACUUAUAAUGAUAAUUUAUCAUGUCUUCUAACAACAGAUAUUGAAUCUUAUGUAAUGUCCGAAGUACUACCCGGUCUUUAUCUUGGUAAUGCACAUGAUGCAGAAGAUAUGAAUUUAUUAAAACAAAAUAAUAUUAAAUCAAUAAUUAAUAUUUCAACAUCAAUUCCAUGUUAUUAUGAAAAUGAAACAUUAUUUGACUAUUAUAAAUUACCUUGCAAUGAUUUAUGUAAAGAAAAUAUUAUUCAAUAUUUCGAUAAAACAUUUGAAUAUAUACAAGAAAAAUUAUUAUUAAAUCAAAAUAUUCUUAUUCAUUGUCAAGGUGGAAUCAGUCGUAGUCCAUCAUUUAUUAUUGGUUAUUUAAUGAAAUAUCAUUCAAAAACAUUUGAUCAAGCCUAUUCAAUUGUUAAAGAAAAAAGAAAAAUAAUUAAUCCAAAUUUAGGUUUUCUUACUCAGUUAACACGUUAUGAACAGAUGAUAACACCAACUAUGCAUUAA